AUGACUGAUAUCCACGAACGAUUAGCUGAGAGACAGGGACCAGGGCCACUUAACCAACCCGGGACCCAGGAUAGAGGGGAAGAUAGAGCCUUGGAGACAUUUUUAAAAUUUAAUCCGCCUAAGUUUAUUGGAGGAUCUGACCCCGAGUUAGCGGAGAAUUGGCUAGAAAGAAUGACCAACAUUUUCGCCGCCCUAGAUUAUGCGGUGGAGAGGCGAGUGACUUUUGCUGUCUUUCAGUUUGAGGGUGCAGCACUCGCUUGGUACGCCCCAGAAUUGGUAGCCACUGAGAGGAGAAGGAUAAGGCAAUUUGUACAGGGAUUUAACGUGGAGAUUCAAGAGAGGUUAGCAGCAGCCCAGAUCCCUACUUUAACCGAUGCCCUAGAGAAGGCGCAGAGAGCCGAAAGUGCAAGGUUGAAAGUUAAGGAUUUUCAUGCCAAGAAAAGGGGCACCCCUAGUCAUCCUCCUGGACAAGCAGAUAAGGGUGUAGAGACAUCUAGUACACCAAAAAGGACUCAAUCAAGAGGAGUCCACAAUGGACGAGAGCAACCGAGGGAGACACCUUCAAGUGGUCAGGCUGUAACUCCUCAAGUUAAUUGUGGUUAUUGUCGUAAGCCUAACCAUACAGAGAAUGAGUGCUGGAAGAAAUCGGGAAAGUAUUUGUAUUGUGUCAGCACUGAACAUCAGAUUGCGAACUGUUCGAGUAUACCGAAGGAAGGAGGUAGUGCCCAACGCCCAGACGAGUCGGUAUCUAAACAAUCUAGUGCUGAAGGCAGUCGACCUAAAGCGCCAGCUAGGAUUUAUACAUUUGGCUAUCAACAGGUUUCCGAUCCCGCUAAGGUCAUUGAAGGUACAAUUCUUGCUUUUCAUUGUUUAUCUAAGGUUCUAAGUGACCCUAGUGCGACAAACUCUUUUGCAAAACCCUAG